GGACUAACGCACGUCAGUGCCAGGCAAGCGUCGCCCGAAACGCUCCCGUUCCGAUUCCUCCUUGUCCUCCGCCACGAGUGUCGAGAUCACGGGAGCCGUGCCACCUCCGCGGGAAGAUCGAAGCUCUAGAGAUCCCUCUCCGCGCGGUCGUCUCUCUCGUCGAUGUUCUGCGAGCCGAACGCUCGGCGAUCCCGUGAAGUCGAGGCAGCUCCUUGCGAGGAAAGUGGUGUUCCGUCACGAGACAUGGUAGUUUCUUGAUAGGGGGCUGCAGUGCUGAUCGAUACCCUAAACGGGAGGACAAGGAAGCGCGAUUAAUUACCGUGGAUUCCGUAACCGGGGGAUUUCCCGAGGUGAACCGAGGAUCCCAGAGGAGGAGAGGCUUAAGGGUUACCUGUUCUUUCGCUUACCACGAGUUUCCGCUCGGAAGAGAUGAGGCCGCCCUCGUACGAUGGUGAACAAGUGCAACAAGUAUCCCAGGAGCAGGGCGAGAGGAACGUGGCCAUGGCGGUUUGCGUGCAGUUGGCGGGCCGCGCGAUCAUCAGGGUAGUUUCCCGGUGCGAAGAGGCGCAGGACAAUUGCAACCUAGACCUAUCGGAAUGUCAGUUGAUGCAGGUACCUGACGCAGUUUAUCAUUUAAUGAGACACACGGAAUUGAAAAGAUGCAACCUCUCUGGAAAUGUGAUAACAAAGAUUCCACCGAAAUUUGCUGUGAAAUUUUCAUUGAUUACAGAACUGAAUCUGAGUCACAAUCAAAUGAGUAAGCUGCCAGAGGAACUUUCUGAGCUACAAGCCUUAGAAAGGCUGAAUAUAUCGCAUAAUACUUUCAUUGCUUUACCACCUGUUACUUGUCGGAUACCACAGUUGAAGCAUCUU